GUUCAUUAAUUUAUUAAUUAAUCGAUGGUUGUGUCUCCUCCCCGCCCCGCCUCCCCCCCGCGCGGUGGGUGGUGGCGGCCGCGGGACGGGAGCGCGGCGGGGCCGGGAUGUGGCGGCGGCUGCGGGCGCUGAGGGACUGCGGGCGGAGAUGGCAGCACCGCGCGGCCAUCCAGGUGACCAACGAGCCCAUCCUGGAGUUCAAGCCGGGGAGCCCCGAGCGAGCGGCGCUCCAGAAGGCCCUCGCUGACCUGAAGGGCAAGACCGAGGAGAUCCCGUGUGUCAUCGGGGGGGAGGAGGUGUGGACCCCCACGGUGAGGUACCAGCUCUCGCCCUUUAACCAUGCUCACAAGGUGGCCAAGUACUGCUAUGCCAACAAGGAGCUCAUUAACAAGGCCAUUAACGCUGCCCUGGCAGCCAGGAAGGAAUGGGACCUGAAGCCUGUGCAGGACCGGGCCCAGAUCUUCCUGAAGGCAGCUGACAUGCUGAGCGGCCCGCGGCGAGCUGAAGUGCUGGCCAAGACCAUGGUCGGGCAGGAUCAGCGUGUUCUGUGCCCGCAGGGGAACGUGGUGCUGUGGAAGCCCAGUGACACGGCCCUGCUCUCCAGCUACGCCGUCUACAAGAUCCUGCUGGAGGCGGGGCUGCCCCCCAACGUGGUGCAGUUCGUGCCCUCCGACGGCCCCGAGUUUGGGGACACUGUCACCAGCUCCGAGCACUUCUGUGGCCUCAACUUCACCGGCAGCGUGCCGACCUUCAGGAGGCUCUGGAAGCAGGUCUCGGAUAACCUGGAGCGCUACCGCAACUUCCCGCGCCUGGCCGGAGAGUGCGGAGGGAAGAACUUCCACGUGGUGCACAGCUCUGCGGACGUGGGCAGCGCCGUGAACGGGACCCUGCGCUCGGCCUUCGAGUUCGGCGGGCAGAAAUGCUCCGCCUGCUCCCGGCUCUACGCGCCCGCCUCGCUGUGGCCCCACAUCAAAGAGAAGCUGCUGGAGGAGCACGGGAAGAUCAAAGUGGGAGAUCCCACCCAGGACUUUGGGACCUUCUUCUCGGCCGUGAUCGAUGACAAGUCCUUUGCCAGGAUCAGGGGCUGGCUGCAGCACGCCCGCAGCUCCCCGAACCUGACGGUGCUGGCGGGCGGCGGCUGCGACGACAGCGUGGGCUACUUCGUGGAGCCCUGCAUCGUGGAGAGCAGGGACCCCCGGGACCCCAUCAUGAGAGAGGAGAUCUUCGGGCCCAUCCUGACGGUGUUCGUGUACCCCGAGGGUCGCUACCGGGACGUGCUGGAGCUCAUCGACACCAGCACCCCCUACGGCCUCACGGGGGCGAUCUUCGCCCAGGAUAAGGCUGUCAUCGAGGAGUCCCUGAGGCUGCUGCGCCACGCCGCCGGCAACUUCUACAUCAACGACAAAUCCACGGGGGCCGUGGUGGCCCAGCAGCCCUUUGGGGGCUCCCGCAUCUCAGGCACCAAUGACAAGCCUGGUGGUCCCCACUACCUGCUGCGCUGGACGUCCCCGCAGGCCAUCAAGGAGACCCACGUGCCCCUGGGGGACUGGCGCUACGCCUACAUGCAGUGACCCUGGGGACAGCCAGCCCGGGGACACUGCCACCCACAGCACUUACACUACUGACCCCUCACCCCCUCCCGGGAGUCAUUUAAAAAAAAAGAAAAAAAAAAAAGCGUUGUUAAAUGGUAAAGCUGGAGCUCCUCGUGGUGUCCUCAGUCGUGUGGCACUUGGGGACACGAUGGUGAGUGUGGCAGUGGUUGGACUUGAUGGCUUUAAAGGUCUUUUCCAACCUGA